AUGGACCAUUUUUCCCUUAACUCUCCCGGGUUUGUUAACCUUUUAGCUUCGCAGAGCAGUCCACCAAUAGACGUAGACUCUGCUGAGGCAGCUGUUAACUCUCCCGGGUUAGUUAAACCAGCGGAAAGGAGAAAGUGGUCAACCAAAGAAGACAUUGUCCUGAUCAGUGCUUGGUUGAACACCAGCAAGGAUCCCAUAACAUUCCUUCCCAACUCACCACUUAUCUCCCUAGUUCUUGAUGAGCAGAAGUUAGGAGCGUUUUGGAAGAGAAUAGAGGAGUAUUUCAAUUCAAGUCCUCAGCUCAUUGGCUCCCUUCCUAGAGAGUGGAGUCAAUGUAAGCAGAGGUGGGGAAGGGUGAAUGCGGAGGUGUGCAAGUUUGUGGGAUGCCAUGAAACCGCUUUGAAGGAGCAAGCGAGUGGCCAAAGUGAGAAUGAUGUCAUGAAGGCUGCGCAUGACAUCUUCUUAAAUGACUAUCAUGUCAAGUUCACCCUUGAACAUUGCUGGAGGGAACUUAGGUUCGAUCAGAAAUGGAGAUCACACUCUCAGUCCAAGAAGAAAAGGAAGGAAGCUUGUGCGGAUGUGGUGCCUGACGAGGAGGAGUUUAGGCCUCCGGGUGUUAAGGCUAGCAAAGCAGCCAAACGCAAGAAGCCGAACAAAGCAGUUUUUGAUCAAAUACAGAGCAUCCUAGCUCAGAAAAAUACCAUAUCCAAACAAAAGAUCCUUGAUCGUCUCCUAGCCAAAAACAUAGACACACUAUCUGAUCAUAAAUUGAAGUGUCACGGGUUGGAGGUCACUGUGUUGCAGGUCACGGGUUGGAAGGUCAUGGUGUUGAUGGUAGUUCUGUACGUUUGUUUGUUUGCGGUUAGUUUAAGCCACGGGUAG